AUUAAAUCGAAUCAGCCCAGAGAUUGAAGAGAAGGGAUAUGAAACUAGUCACGUGAGCUUAUGUGCUCAAUGUAAAUCAGAGUAAAAAGUUUAGGCACUCCGUGUUGCUGUAAAAAUGGCAGUUUAAUUUGUAAAUAAAAUAAAACAGGCCCAUGGGAAGCUGGAUGACUCACUUGAAGAAUUAUGAUCAUAUAACUGACUAGCCACAGAUUGUUUUAAAAUAUAUUUGGUGGCAAUAAAAUCCAGAACGCCAGAUUCCCUGGUUUAUUGGCUAUACUAGCCUUUGUGGGACUGUAGCAGAAAGCAAGUUGGUUUUCAUAAGAUGGUUCAGUGAUGAGUUUUAAUGUUAGCUAUGUAUUCUAUGUACUGGUGCCUGUCUCAAAGGCUAGAUCGCUCUGAUGCUGAAAGUAUAAUCGAUUUUUAGUGUACAAUUUUGCAAAAUUUUGCUCCAGGACAAGUACAAGAGGUCAAAAAAGUUGAAGUGAUCGAACAAGCUGUCUCUUGGCUCUUAGCUGAUGAGCUGUUACACUUCCCAAAGGUCCACUCUUGCAUUUAAUAUCAACUUUGUUCUAUAUGUAGCAGCAAGUCCAGAGAUACAGUCCCACAAAGUGUUUUACAUGAUUUUACAUAGAACUUGCAGUAAAGACAAUGUGCCACGCCCAUUUUUUGGGCAACACGGAUUGUAUGAACAUGUCAUCAAGUUUCAUAUCCCCUCUCUCUUCAAUCUCUGAUCAGCCGCAGAGGAGGUACGACAUAGGUUGACCUUUUGCUAAUGAGUUACUCCUGUAUUGCAUUCCUGCAGCAUGACAGGAUGUCACGCCCACAUGAUAUUUGUGUUGACUCAGCAGGUAUUUUAUGCACCGUCAGCGCUAUUUUACUGUUCUUUGUGUUUAUCUCUUCUGGAGUCUCUCCAAGAGGCAUUUUCUACUAGUUUAUCAAUCUUAGUAUCUACUAUAAGUGUUACAUUAACACAGGAGCCAUAGAAAGCGCAACAAACUCUUACACUGUAAGUUUAUAGCUUAUUUCUUCAACAAUGACUAUGCUAUUCAUUUUCUUAUGUCACAGGAUAUAGCUAGGCAUUAUUUAUAACUACUGUGGAGUACUAUGAUCGUUUGUAGUCUUUGAGCUAGCUAGGAGAGCAAGUUUUGGUGUUGUGCUUCCGUAUAUUCUCUUCUUUCUCCGUACACUCACAAUUCCUCCGUGAAACUUGAUGAUAAAUUAUGACGCGAGGCCACACCUCCUCUAGGUAAAUGUGGGCGUUACAUCCUGUCAUGCUGCAGUGUCCAUAGCUAGACAGGAAAUAAAGUCAGGCCAGAAUUCGGUCCGGGGGACUACACCAGGGUAUAUGUUCGACCUUUUUUUAAAUGAUAAACGUUGAAGUUCUUUGUUGGAGUUCGAGUCGCCUAUGAUCUAGAAUAGUGAGAGUCAGAUAGAUAUGAUAGAAGCAUCAGGUCUAAUGUUUGUUGUCGCUCUGUUGUUAACGUGUUCAUGGCAGGUGGAAGCCACCUUGACACCCUCCACCGUUACAGCCUGCCCUGAUGACCCUGUCAUCCUCACCUGCACUCUGCCUGGUUCCUUCAUACGAUGGAUGGUCACUACUCCACAAAACCAACAAGACAGCGUCACUUUGAGUAUUAUGAAUCCUGCUUUCAAUAUAUUUGCAUUCCGUGGUGUUCUCACUGACUCCAGUGGAGGAAUGCUCACUGCCACUCUCACUUCACUGUCUGUGGCCUCCACUGUGGAGGGUACCAUGGUGGUGUGUUUUGGAGAGAGCUCACAAGAGGGUCCUCUCACUAUCACUGUGGCUGAACCACCCUCCCCUCCACUGAACACAAGGGUGUCCUCCACUCAAAGCCAACCCAGCUCCUCCAACAUCACUCUAGAAUGGGAUGUUCCCUCAUCUACUGGUGGUGUGUCUGUCAGUUAUGUCCUUAUCAUCUCCCCAACACCUCUCUCUGGGUCACCAGUCACCAUGGAGACCACCUCGGCACAGAUCACUGUCUCCUACAACAUUCCCUACAAUGUGACCAUCAGAGCUGUUAACUGUAUUGGAAUGAGCAAUGCCUCAAUGCUGCUCACUAUACCUUCCAUAGUUGCCUGUCCCUCCUCCCUCUCUGUCGCUAGUGGAGUGGCCAACGUCCAGAUACCCAGUUUACCGACUCUGAACUCCAUACUUACCUUCACUUGUUUUGAAGAUAAUCAGAUGGUAACCUCUACCUGUGGUAGUGAUGGACAGUGGAAUCCUGAUCCAGAGGAUUUCAUGUGCCCAACAAUGGAACCCCCGGUGACUUGUCUUGUUCCCGUGGCCCCCUCUAUGGGUAAUGUAAGCAUUAGUGGCCAGUCUUACAUAGAAGGGUCACAGGUCAUCUAUCAGUGCAAUGACGGACUCUUUCCCAUGGGUGUUUUAAACGCCACAUGCACCAGAGACACCGGAGACAGACAAAAUGGAGUGUGGGAGCCUGACCCCGGUGCUGUGGUGUGCAGGACUUCGCCAGUCAACUGCACUGUUCCUGCUGAGCCCUCCAACGGAACUAUAGUGGACUAUGAGAAGUUGAAUGAGACAGUGUUGGAGGGAACAGUGCUGACUUACCAGUGUGACAAUGGACUCUCAUUGACUGGACCCAACACCAUCACUUGCACUAAUGCUGGAGUCUGGAGCACUGAGCCUGAGGCAAUCAUGUGUGUGCGUCCAACUAAAGCUCAAUCCCCAACUCUAUUCACUGGUACUGACCUUGGAAUUGCUGUUUCCGUUAGCGUGAUUGUUACAGCAGCUCUGUUUAUGAUCAUCGGAUUCCUCACUGGAGUCCUAGUGAUGUACCUUUGCUCUCAUAAGAAGGCAGUAUACUCCCCAUCAGUUGAUGGACAAGCUAACGUAAGACCCACUGUACCAGCUGGUCCUGUUUAUGAAGAAGUGUCACCCAAAGAGGAGAUUGAACUGAACACUAACCAAGCAUAUGGACCAAUUGGGCUGUAAGAAUUGUCAUUUAGCGUUUUUAUGUUGCUGCACUCUAUAUAUACAGUUUGUUGUUGUA